AUGGUUUGUUUGAAAUGCAUGCGUGCCAACUCGAACGGGCAGAGCCACAUCGUACGCAGGUGUGCACGCGCGUACGACCAGAUCGUGCAGUUCACAGACGAGCAGCACGAGCACAUCAUUGAUCUUGCGAGGCUCCACGAGCACAUCCGCAUCAUACAAGAGCGCAUGCUGGUCUUAGAGCUUGGGGAGCACGAGCAGUCCCCAGAGUACCAGUAUGAUGGCGAGCGAACAGUCAAGCUGCACAAGCUUUUGAAGGCAUGGUCUCCCAGGCAUAGGCGCAUAUCACUCGUAGGCAUCCUGGACAACCAAGGGCACGCGCCCACCAGUCUAGAGGACAGCGCCGCCCGUCUUGCUGAUCACUGGGGCCGAGUACACUCCGCCGCUGAUGUGCCAAACGUUCCCCCGCAUAUCUCAGAGAUGCUGCUUGCCCAGUGCCAGAAAGUCUCUCCAGGUAUCAACUGGAUUGUUCCGCUCUCUGACAUGCUCGGCUUUCUCCGCCACAAGAAGGACACUGCUGCAGGUCCUGAUGGCAUCCCGUACUCAGGGGUCAAAUACAUCAAGCGAGUCUGGCACAUCAAAGGUCUGUAUUUAGGGCUAUGCCGGAAUAUCACUGCCUACAACUCGCUGGCUUUCUCCGUGCUCAGCUUUGUGGGCCAGCUGUAUCAG